AUGCCAGUAGUUUCGAUACAAAGCGGUGGAGAUGAUGUUUCCGCAAUAGUAGUAGACCCAGGCUUUGAGUCUAUGAGGGUCGGAAACUGUCAAGAGGACUUUCCAAGAGAGUAUAUACCGAGUUUGGUGUAUAGAGAUUUUGACCAGCCAGCAAGUUCUAGGGAAAGUUGGAAUAUACUCUCACCAGUCAAGGUGCGACCGUUUGCUGAGAUGAGAAGACUCCUUCAUGUAAACAGGGACAAUAAUCUAGAUCUUGACCCUUUUGUGUUUGAAAGACUAUUAAGGUUCGGUAUUGAAGGGCAUGAUCUCUUUCUGGACUUUGAAGAUAACGGUAAAUCAGUAAACAAGAUAGGAGGGUUAGGACUGGACCCAUCAAUGCACCCAAUUUUGGUGGUGGAACCGACAGCAGAAAGCAAACAAUUCAGAGACUCAUCGUUGGAAGUAAUUUUUGAACAAAUUGGAGCUUGCGCAUCAUAUUUGGCAAAGAGAGCGGCCCUCACGGCAUUUUCAGUUGGAAGAUCAUCAGCCCUAAUUGUAGAUAUUGGAGCAGGUGGUUGUACAGUAUCACCAGUCCAUGAGGGCAUUUCCUUACAGUCAACAAUCCAGGACUCUCUAGUUGGUGGGAAUACACUUGAUUUACAACUCGCAAAUUAUCUGUACAACGAUAACCACAGGUUGUUUGAACCCUCAAGUGAUCCCUACAAGGAGUAUUUAAGGCUUCAAACAGCCAAAGAACUCAGAGAAAAGUUCUGUUUUUAUGAUAAUGUAUCUGAAGAUACUAACGCCACUGAUGGUGCUAGUAACAGUCAACAGAAUCAGGAGAAUAGUGUUAGUUCAGGAAAGGCAAAUCUUAACCAUUUACACCAUAACCAAAAAGAUGUUAAAAAUUUUAAGGACAAGAGUAUGAAGUAUAAUUUACCAGACGGCACUGUAGUUAAUAUGGAAAAGUAUGCUACCAGUGUUCCUGAGCUGCUUUUCAAUCCAUCAGGGUCAACAGUCUCAGAGUUCAAUAAUUUCAAGGGGAUUGUUAACAUGAUAAAUGACUGUAUAUUCGAGUCAGACGUCGAUAUAAGAAGAGAACUGCUGUCCUCGAUUGUGAUAGCCGGCGGAUUUACUCUUACACACGGGAUUAUUCCAAGGCUUAAUCAUGAGCUCCUCAAAAGUACAAUAGGUUCAAUAUCUAAAUUUAAGCUUGUACAUUCAUCUUCGUAUCUGGAGAAAAGGUUUUCAACAUGGCUAGGAGGCUCAAUUUUAGCUAGUCUGGGUCGCUUCCAACAGCUGUGGAUCUCAAAAUCUGAAUACCAAGAACACGGAACCAUUAUUGCAUAUCGUAGAUGCCACUAAUCCCUAAAUAUACACAUACAUAUUACUAAAUUUUAAUAGUGCC